GAGAGUUCAAAUGUGAUGAUGUUCGCGUGACGUCAUUUGGGAAUCAAGGGUCUUGUCGUGAUCGACGUUUUACGUGAUUUCUCCAUCAAAUUUUCGACUAGGACGGCUUAAUUUGACCAGAGAGAAGAAUUGUGAGCAGCCUUCAGGAUGUCAGUUCCAGCUCCGCCCAGCUACGAAGAUGCCACCACAGGGGGGUAUGGCAAACCUGACCAGCCAGCGUACCCCCCUGGCAUGGGACCCCCUGUGAUGGGACCCCCUGGCAUGGGACCCCCUGGCAUGGGACCUAACAUGGCCCCCUUCCCCCCUGCACCAGGAGGAGCACCCUUCCCACCCCCCGUUAUGCCACGUGGUAUGCCCGGUGCGGGUGGUUUCCCCGCCAUGCAGCCUGGUUACCCCCCUGCGCAGGGCGGGUACCAGCAGCCCCCCUCCACCGCGUACGGGACCGUCCCGGGCGCGUACAACACCGUCUACAGCGACACGGUACCCGAGGCGCAUGUCCGGGACCCCGAGUCGUCUGGUUCGUCCGACGAGAACUUUGCGAGCUCAGCUUUUAACGACAAGGCUAUCCGCAGGCAGUUCAUCAAAAAGGUGUACCUGGUACUGACUGCUCAGCUGCUGGUGACCUUUGGAUUUGUGUGCAUCUUCAAGUUUGUCCCAGAGGUGCACAAUUUUGCUCGUCAGAACCCUGGCCUGUACUGGGCAGGAUAUGCUGUGUUCAUCGUGACGUACUUUGCGCUGGUGUGCUGCCCGACCGUGCGCCGCAAGUACCCCACCAACAUCAUCAUGCUCAGUCUCUUUACUCUGGCCAUGUCCUAUAUGGUGGGAAUAAUAACAAGCUACUAUGACAUCUACAGUGUGCUGAUGGCAGUCGGCAUCACCUGCCUGGUGUGUUUUGGAGUGUCCCUCUUUGCCAUGCAGACCAAGUAUGACUUCACUGGCUGUGGCGGGUUUCUGUUUGUGGGCGUGCUGGUUCUCUUCAUCUUCGGCCUCAUCGCUCUCAUCACCUUCCCAUGGGUGCCGAUCCUGCAGACUGUGUAUGCUGGACUGGGAGCUCUGCUGUUUGCCCUGUUCCUGGCCUACGACACCCAGCUGGUUGUUGGCGGGAAGCGCCACGAGCUGAGCCCGGAGGAGUACAUCGCCGGCGCGCUGCAGCUGUACCUCGACAUCGUCUACAUCUUCCUCUUCAUCCUGCAGCUGGUCGGCAGCAGAGGUAACUAGAGCCCAGACGUCGCCACGCCUGCUUUUUUUAACACCACUCUUGUUGAGUUUUGUUGGAUCCAUGGUAAAAGCUAGACCACAACGUCACCAUGCCCGUUUUUUUGGACAGCCGCUCUUGUUGAGUUGAGUUUGCUUGGAUCCACAGUAAAACUUUUGUUAGCAUGUCGGCAGAACGCACUCCAUCUGAAGAGGUCGACCACAACAUCACCAUGCUUGUUUUUUUUUACACCUGCUCUUGUUAGAGACCCUGAAUCCUGUUUUGCUGAUCAUAUGAAAACUGUGAAAAAUCCAGUUUUUUUUGCAAAAGGCACAGUACGUUCUGCCAACAUGCUUUUGCUGCUUUGAAGUACUGUGAGCACUGGUCGCUGAACAUGACAGACAUUAGAAUGUCAGUUAUAAGCAAGACAGCACAGCUUACAAUUGGUGAUCUCUCAUUUCUUGAACCACAUACAAGAAUAUACCGAGUUUUUUUUCCUAUUAAUUUAUAUACUUUGUUCAUUUUCCACAAUGUUAAUACAAUGCUGAGCAGUUAGAUGUACGGGGUAGAAGGUAACUCAUUUUGUUUAGGGUGAUUUUUUAAAGCAUUUUCAAGAACAAUCGCUGUUGUACAUGCAAGUGUAUUUGCUGGUGUACAAUUUCCUAUUUUUGUAUUACUUCAUAACCUAUUUCUAUUAUAUGCAUGUCCCUUCAAAUUUAGAAGUUAACUUUUCCUUCUUUUUAAUCAGAAUUAAUACCAAAACUUACUUGGUUUUCUACUCCCAGUAGAACAAAAACAGUGUUUGCAUGCAUUUGUUUCCAAAGGUGUGACUAAAAACUGCAUUACUGAUAAUGUCAUUAAUGACUUUAAUGCAUGGUUUAAAAGUGGAAGAUUCUACUACAUACGGGUGUGUUUUUGUGUGUGUUUCCCUUUCAUGCUGACCUAGGUGGCGGCGAGUAAAACCUUUCAGAACUUGGACACCCCUAGUAUUGAAAUGGAUUGAUCCAUGAAAUCAGAAAGGAAGGCUUGACCCAAGAAGACCUAACAGUAUGUUAAACAGACGACUACAAAAAAACGUAUCAUGAAAAAAAGUCCAAACGUUUUACUAACCAGACAUUUAAUUCAUGUUCGUUUUCCCUUUUGGUGAAAAAAAUUUAAUUGUACUAGCAAAAAAGUAACAGAUUAUAACUUAUUGCAUCUGUUUGACAUUAUAUAAGAUGGAUUUUACCGAACCUGUCUUAAGUUCAAAUGCCAGCCUUUGUCAACUGAACUUGAAAAAAUCCAAUUAAAAAAUCUUUUGGGCAUAUCAUUUGUUUCUUGACCAGAAAACAUACUAGUCUUUACUGACAAAGGCUUGCACACGGAGCUGAAAAUGUUGCACGUCUAUGUUUCAUUUCUGUUUCCAGAGUUGUAUAUUUUUCAUCUGUUACUGUAUUUUUUGUUGUCAUCAAUGCUUUGGGUUACUUAUGUUGAAACAUUUGUGUUGUAUUUGUUGUUCUUCAAAGAAGUGCUGGUAGAAAAUAGUUAUGUGAAAUGUGACAAAAUGUUAACAUAAAGUUAAGAUAUAGAUUUCUUAUUUUCCUGUGCAAUGGUAGUUUAUCUUCUUGUGGAAACUUGAAGUGAUAUGCGAACAUUUGACCGGAACAACGCUUCAAUAGAAAACAAAGUUAAACAUCGUAGAAGAGAGAACACUUAAGCUGUAAGUGUAAGGAAACUCACAUCAUAUGCAUGAAGGUAUCAUAGUAGACUAGAAUAGACAGGAGGAAAAAAUAACAUGCCUAUCUUCUGCUAUAUAACACAUACAUACAUGCACUAGACUGUGUAGACUUCUACUCUUCUACACUACUAGACUGUAUGCACUUCUACUAGUAAAGGCAAUAACACUAUAUACUGUAUAAUGUAAACAUAGUCACUAUAAAUUUGUGAAACUAGAAACUUAAAACCGUGAAAACAUUUUUUAAGUACAAUAUGUAUCUAGUACUAUUAACUAUAUGUGUCAUAAGAAAUAAGAAUACAGUAAUUGAGAGAGGCACAUUGACACUUAAAGUCUGUUAUCAGUGUAAACUUUAGGAUUGAAUACAGUGUUCUGUAUAAACCUUGUAAAAGAACUUUCCCAAACUUUAUUGCAGUGUCAUGAAGUAUAUGUGUAACAGAUGUAUCUGUCAACGUUACAUAGUCUUCACUUACACUUUCCACAAUAUUAAAACAUACAUCUAGUGUAGGAAGAGAUAUCUAGGGUAUGUGCCUUUCUUACUUUAAAGUCACUUAAAGAUUACCCAUGAAGAAAUUUAUCUCCAUUUCUAGAGCUGAUACUAGCAUAAGUUACAUGGUUGUUAGCCAUGUUGUUCUAAUGAUUAUAUAUUGUAAAUGACAUGUGCAUGUAGAUGUUGUACAAAAUUACGACUCUGUAUCUGUAUAGCCGGUAUAACCGCCCUUCGGCGUAACACACCAGCUAUGGAGUUGUGGUGGGCAAGGGUACCUAAUGAUGAACGUUGGAAAGGUUCAGGAAACAUUUGAAAGAUUAUGAGACAUUAGCAGUCAGAAUAGUCGAUUUGGAAAGACACAAUGAAUGUAUUGAUAGGUUUCAGAACAAUUUUGGGGAACUAUUAACUUGAAGGAUUGUGUGCCAAUACUUACACCUUAGCUGUACUUUAGGCUCUUAGCAGGUACCCUUGCUAUAUAGGACUGGACAAGAAUGACAUGGUCAGCCAUGAUAUUCAGAUUGUAUCAGAAGAGUCACAAACUGUAUAAAAGGUAAGGUAAGCUUGUAUAAUGCAGCAGGAGCUGGUCAGGAUGUUUCAAGGAGUUGGUCAACAAAUUAUAUAUGUAUUAUCAGAAAGUAUUUUCUGAUUAGUAUAGUCUGGUACGUGUAUAUGCCAUUAAAAGGAUACUUAUAUUAGUGAUAUUGUACAUGUACCUGUUAUUGUUUAACUAUGUAUUACUGCUAAAUAUAUUGUGUCAUGAAAUAUGUCCAUGUUUAAUGGUUUGAUGUGUGAAAUAUUACAAGUGCUAAAUCUAUAUAGGUAAUAGAAGAAACUACUUAGGCCACCAAGAAUGUAACUAUUUUGUGAUACACAUAAAAUCCCCACCUCAACAGUUGUUAGCCCUUGUGCACUUGAUGGUCAACAGCAUGAUUUUCCCUAAAAAUAAGACUCGAGAAAACGUUAAUUUCUUCUAUCCUCCCUACAUUAAUCUGUUAACAUGUAGAUUGGAACAGUUGAAUGCUAGUGAUAACUGUGGUCUUGUCCAUUUAAGACUUUUGAGGAGAAGAGCCAAAGUUUAAGUACAUGUACAUUACUGGAGCUGGAUAAAGGUGUUGUAAGUUGUAUAAUAAUAUUAACUGCAGUGAGAAGCUUAGGGUUCCUGUUGCAUGUAGUUUAAAAUGGUGUAACACAGAUAUAUACCUACAUUGUAAUACAUAGAAAGUCAUUCAGUGUAGCUUUCCAACAACAAGUUUUAUUCAGUAAGUGGCAUGUGCAUCUACAUGUUACCAUAUAUAGGCAAUACAGUACUACUGACUGUGGGAUAUGGAAUAGCUAGCAUUGUGCACUACUACUUGAUGUUUUACUGUGAUUUCUGUGCAUAUUAUAAGUGUACACAAAUAUCAAGCUACUGUGAAUAAAGCUUCGUGUGAAUAUGUAA